AUGCCUUGUUAUGCGGACACGAUUGUUAGAAUUAAACAUGUUCGACGAAAUAAAAAAGAGGAUGCGAGAACAUUCUCAAUGUGGGCUAUAGGUGCCUACCCGGUAGGAUCUGAAGGUUAUGAAAUGGAAAUGAUUUUACCUAUACCAAUCAAUCCUGAUGAUCGUGACCCUGAUUCGCAAGCAAUUUUUAAAAGAGAUGAAUAUUACUCUGUUGGUGGAAAGAUUGUACCGGGAAGUUAUGCUGGGAACAAGAGAUUAAAAAUGCUUGUUUCUGCUUCAACUAGUAUAACAAUCGAUGAUAAAGUUGCUGAUUCAAAUAAAUGCCCUAUAAAAGUUUCUUUGGUAGGAAUCCCACAAACAAUGCCUUCGGAAAUUAGGCAUACUGAGAAUUCAAUCAUCGAAUUACUUAUAUCUGACCACCUUCUUCAACAACACUACAAUUAUAUAAUCAAAGUAGUUUUCCCACAUAUUAGUCAAUUUAAGCAUUUCAAAACAUCGGUUCGUCCACAUGAAUCAAUUAUUUUCGUAAUUGGCCAACUGGAAAUAAUUGACGAUGAGUUUUACGUUUAUGCUAGAGAGCUUAAUUUCGUUGAUACUUUUGCCACAAAAAAAAAGGUUCAUGAAACAAAUAAUCACGAGAUUACUUUAAUUACAACAACAAACACUACUCGAUCUAAGCUCUUAUAUGCUCAUAAAAAUACUACUAAUAAUUCUGAAGAUUCCCCCGAAAACAUUCAGUCCUCAACAUCGACUGCUUCAGAGUAUUUCGAAAGUAUGUACCAAGACGAUCCAUCAGAAGAUGAUGAACUUCCCCAAGAUGUCUGA